AUGGCGGUGGACAUCACACUGCUGUUCCGGGCCAGUGUCAAGACCGUGAAGACGCGGAACAAGGCGCUGGGAGUGGCGGUGGGCGGCGGGGCUGAUGGCAACCGUGACGAGUUGUUUCGCCGGAGCCCUCGACCUAAAGGCGACUUCUCCAGCCGGGCUCGCGAAGUGAUUUCCCACAUUGGCAAACUGAGAGACUUUCUUCUGGAGCACAGGAAAGAUUACAUUAAUGCCUACAGCCACAUCACGUCUGAAUAUGGGAGGAUGACAGAUACUGAACGGGACCAGAUUGAUCAGGACGCUCAGAUAUUCAUGAGGACCUGCUCAGAAGCCAUUCAGCAGCUCAGGACAGAAGCCCACAGGGAAAUCCACUCCCAGCAGGUAAAGGAGCACCGCAGCACCGUCCUGGACUUCAUCGAGGACUACUUGAAAAGAGUAUGCAAACUUUACUCAGAGCAAAGAGCCAUCCGAGUGAAGCGCGUGGUGGACAAGAAGAGACUAUCGAAGCUGGAACCAGAGCCCAGUACAAAGCCACGAGAGGCUACAUCUUCUGAGACAGCAUCAUCGAAUCCCUCCAAAGACUCUGAAGAGAAGCCUGCCGUGGAGGACUCCCCAGGAACGCUCCUGCCUGACGCACAACCUGAACUGGGGAGCUGGGCCGAUGGGAAAGGUGAAGACGAACUGUCCCCCGAGGAGAUUCAGAUGUUUGAACAAGAGAACCAGCGACUCAUCAGUGAAAUGAACAGCCUGUUUGAUGAAGUGAGGCAAAUUGAAGGAAAAGUGGUUGAAAUUUCCAGACUCCAAGAAAUAUUCACAGAGAAGGUUUUGCAACAGGAAGCGGAGAUUGACAACAUUCACCAGCUGGUUGUUGGGGCGACUGAGAACAUCAAGGAGGGUAAUGAAGACAUCAGAGAGGCCAUCAAGAACAACGCCGGCUUCCGCGUGUGGGUGCUCUUUUUCCUCGUCAUGUGCUCCUUCUCCUUGCUUUUCCUCGACUGGUACGACAGCUAG